AAGAGCGUGCGGGCCAGCAGGGGAGGGAGGGAGAGAGGCCGCCCAGCAGAGAACAAACAUGGCCACGAGCAGGAGGAAGCAAGAGGAGCGGAACCUGAGAAUUCUCCGUGAGCAGGGCGCCCUCGAGGCCAACAGGACAUGUCUCGAUUGCCGCCAGCGAGGGACAACCUACAUCAACAUGACCAUCGGCUCCUUCGUCUGCACCUCCUGCUCUGGCAUCCUACGUGGCCUCAACCCCCCCCACCGAGUCAAGUCAAUAUCGAUGGCCAGCUUCACCCAGGAGGAGAUUGAUCUAAUUAAGUCCAGGGGCAACCAGUACUGUAGCGCGGUGUGGCUGGGGCUGCACGACUCCAAGCUGACGCCCUUCCCCGACACCAAAGAUGAACACAAGAUCAGGGAUUUCAUGAUCACCAAGUACGAGAAGAAGAGAUUCUACAUUGACCCUAGUGUGGCCCUUAAAAUCAUGCCACAACAGGACUCCACCACCACCACAACCACCACCACCACCGCCAGCAACAACACCACCACCAGCGCCCCGUCCUCCGCAGCCUCCACCCCCGGCAGCGACUCCACGGGGCGGGCCGGAGCAGGCGGAGCACCCAACAACACAUCCGUCUCUAGGCCCAGUGUUCCGGCUUCUCAGUCCCUCGGGUCCGUCAGCAGCAGCGGCAGCAGUCUCUCGGGGGUCACCAGCCCCCCGCCAAACAACAACAACAACAACAACAAGCUGCCUGGCCCCCGCCCCUCCGCCUCCCUCGACCUUCUCUCGGGCCUCAGCCAGUCGCCCCGUGCCGCCCCCACCCCCGGGGACCCCUUUGCCUCCCCCACGGGCCACCAGCCUCCCCCCGCACAGGCCCAGGCGGUGUCGCAGCCGUCUUUUGCAAACUUUGAGAACGCGAACAUCUUCAUGAACACGCCGACGACUGAAGACCAGACAGAAGCCGGGUCAUCCCCGCUCUCCCUCUCUCCUGGCUCUUCCGCCUCUCCCUCCCUCUCCCGCUCCCACUCCCCCAUCCCCAUCCCCCGUCCCGUGCGCACCCCGUCACCCUACCUGGCCUGGGAGGAUCUGGAGGGUGAGGAGGUGAACGCUGGGACUCCUCUCAUCCCCAUAGCAGAGAGCUUCGCCUCGCUCUACACCUCCGAGGCCACUAACGCUAAGCCCGGCUCCACCCCCUGCACCCCUGUCUUUGCCUCCGGGGUCAGCGCUCAGUUUGUCUUCCCCACUAACAUAGGCGGGGGCGGGGAGGCCUCAAAGCCCUCCCCAAAAUCGUCCUCAAAGCCGGCCUCCCCCGCCCCACCCCGCACCUCUGACACUCAUGCACCCUCUGCCACUAACCACCCCCACUCUAGAGACAAAUCCCCCUCACCCCCGGGCCCCUCCUUCCCCCUGCUCAGCCAUGCCCCGUCCCCGCCACCCAGCAGCAAGGCACCCCACACCCCGCGGGGACGCUCAGGCUCCCCCUUUUUCCCCCUGAACCGCACCUCCUCCCUCCCGGGGUCUAAGGCAGGUCUUGAGGCAGCCCCGCACAGCCCUUAUGGGUCCCCGCGAGGUGUGGCGCUCCUUCUGUCUACCAUGGGGCGGCGGGGGUCCUACCAGAGCCUUGGGGGGUCCACGGGCUCUGUCAAGGACGAGGAGCACCUCCUGGACGACCUUGAGCCAGAGGAGGAGGACGGCCGGGGCACAGGGGAGGAGGAGGGGCCAGGGCAGGAGCCGCCCCACCCCAUCUCCCGCCCCAUCCCCAUAGCCCAGAGCCUCCUGUACCGCCACGGUGGCCGUCCCCUCAGUAGCAGCUGCCCCACCCGUGCUUCCCCCCUCACUAACCCCCCGCUGCCCCCUCUGUCCCGCCUCGCCACUAACAGCCCUUGGGGGGCGCCGGGGCGGGGCCAGGGGGGCAGCACCUCCACCAGCAUGACACCCACUAAUGCCACUCUUGCAGGGGCCACCGCCACAGCCAGCCGGCCAACCCCCCCAGGCCCCCAUCUCCCCUUCUCCAGUAACCCCCUCACUCCCCUCACACCCCACUCCUCCACCUCCUCCUCCACCCCCAACACCAACACCGCCGCAGCCGCCGCCACUGCCGCCGCCGCUGCUGCUGCCGCCGGCGGUAACCCUCCGCAGGACAGGUACGCCGCCCUCAAGGACCUGGACGAGGAGUUCAAGACGCAGAAGGAGAGUGAGACCUCCAAUGGGGGUGUCAGCUGGGCCGUGCCAAAUGGAGCCCAUCACCCCCACCACCCCAACACCACCGCCUCCUCUUCCUCCGUCCCCAACAAUGGCUCAUCCGGCGGCGUGUUCGGCCCCUCCAACAUCAACGGCUCGGUCUUCGGAUCUCCUCCUGGUGGGGUGUUCGGUGGGGGGGUGAACGGAGGCGCCUCUGUCAUGGGUACGCCCCCCACCGCCCCCUCCCCGUGGCAGAACUUUACUGGCGCCAACCCUUUCUCUGGAGUCAACAACGGGGCUGCCUGGGUGAACGGGGGGACAGCCAUGAGUGCUCCAGGCCCCACCCACACCCAGCAGGGCUUUGGUGCCAUGGUGCAGCCCAACCCAUUCGGAACAAUCUAUGGGAUGUGGGCUCCCGACCCCAACUUCAACCAGUUCGGGGGCGGGGCGGCCCUCAACGGGGGAGGGCCGGGGCCGGGGCAGGGCGGGGGCUGGGCCAACUUCCCCGCCAACCCCCCACAGCCCUCCAAAAUGCCCUGGGGAGCUGCAAACGGAACCCCAAACCCAUUUAUGGCUGCUGCUCCCCAGAUGCCUUCCAGCGGGUCAUCCUACAACCCUUUUCUUUGAGUGGUCAGUUCGUAGGGGCAGCCUCCACCUCCUCCUCCUCCUCUUCCUCGUUCAUCAUCAUACUUCUUUCCUGCUUUUUUUUCCUCUCUCGGCAAGGUCACAAAAAAGAGAAAGGACUUUUUUUGGAUUUAUUUUUACAUUUUGGCCUGUCUGUCUUCGUCUGUCUGUCUGUCUGUCUGUCAAUCCAUCCAUCUGUCUGUCUGUUUCUCUCUCCCUGUCCGUUCUUCUGUCUCGGCACCAUAGCAGCGAGGAUGACUAAUGCUAAUGUUGCUGCUAAUACCGUGAUCAACUAACAGAUAAAAAUAAUGAUAGUUUGACCGUACGAAGAUGACUGAACAAAUAUAUUAAUGGACGAGAAGGCCACGUGAAAUGAUUUGCGUUAGAGGAAUCAAAACAGACUUGUACACAUUACUACAUGAUAUGCAUACAGGAAAUACCUUUGGAUUGGAUUAAGAGUAUAUAUGUGUGUGAAACUGAUGGUGUGUGUGUGUGUAUGUGUGUUUCCAUGUGUGUAUGAGUGUGUGUGCGUAUCUCGAGGAAGCUUUGUGGUUGUUAGUGUACAUAGCUUCAUGUUUACAUCAUGCAGAACUCACACACGUACACAUACACAGACAGACACAUCAGCCUCGCCAAUUAGUGCUUUAGGAAGUGUGUGCGCGCAUGUACACGCACACACAUACACACACACGGCAUCAACUCGUGACUGGAUAAUCAAAAUAUGCACACAGGAACUGAAUAUGCUUGUGUGUAUAUGUAUGUGUGUGUGUGUGUGUGUAUGUAUGUGAGUGUGUGUGUGUGUGUGUGUGUGUUCAAAUGCGUGUGCGUGGGAAAGAGGUUAGCGUACAGUGGUGCUUAAUUCUUAAAUAUACGUACAUGUAAGUCUCUCUUCCUGGCGAGUGCACUUGUGUGUGUGUGUGUGUGUGUGUGUGUGUGUGUGUGUGUGUGUGUAAGUACUGCAACUACCCUGUGUUUCUGCAAAGUGUGUUAUACAAGAAAAAAGGGAAAAUAGUUGUACAUAUGUUAAUUUUAUUUUUCUACAAAACAUCCGUAAAUUUUCUACAGUGUUUCUUCCCUAUAUUUUUUCUCGUCUCAAAUGGACAUUACGUAGUCAAUCAUCAGGAGGCUCAUUGUGUUAUCAUCAUUUCCACCCUUAUUAUCAUCUCUUAUUACAUCUAUUUAUACCAUUCGUCAGGCACAGCACAGAAGCGUCUGCCUCGUCACAGGGAACCACCUCACCAUUACGUUAGAGGGGAGGCUUAGCUCUGUUGUUACCAUCAGGAGUGACAAAUAGGAAAGGGUUCAUAGCAUCGUGCAAAACAGGAGAGAGAGAACGAUGAUUUUUUUUGUUGUGUAGCAAGUUAAAAGACACAAAAAAUAAUGUUAGCCUUUGAUUACUAUUAUUACGAGUAACAAAGAGGAAAGCAUUCAUAGCAUUGUGAGAAACAGGAAAGAGAACAUUGAUUUUCUUGUCAUUAUAUAGCAAGUUAGAAGAGACAAAAAGCAAUCUAUCGGUCUUUAUUUUGAUCAUUAUUAUCACGACUGACAAAGAGGAAAGGAUUCAUAACAUCGUGCAAAACAGGAACAUUGCUUUUCUUUUCACUAUGUAGCAAGUUAAGAAGACAAAA